AUGUAUUAAUUUAGAUCAUCAUUAUAUUAUGAACCAAGUGAUAGUGGCAGUGUUAAGUCUGUCCAAGUAGCAAAUUAAAAAUAAGAUUAACUUAAAUAUCUCACUGAUUAAUUAUAAGCUGUUAUAACGUUUAAUGAAAAAUUAGAAAUAGACUAUAACUAAUUAAAAUCGUAAAAUCACUAAUUAAAAUAAAUUUCUAUUGAAAGGGACAAAUAAUUAAAAGAAACAUCUGAAUCUUCUUAGAAAUCCAUUAAUAAAUUACAUGUAUUACUUUCUGAAAAUUAAAAAUUAUAAGAAAUAGUGGUCUCAACAAAUAAACAUGUAAAAUUAGCAAAUACUAAAGUCUCUUAAUAUCAAAAUGAAAAUAUCAUUUUUAAAUUAUCUAUACAAUAAUAGGAAGACUAUCAUUUAGAAGAGAUGAAAAAAAGAGCAACAGAAUUAGAAAAACAUUAUUCUCUAAUGUAAAAUAUAGUAACUGAGUUAACUAAUUAAGUUUCAUAGCUAUGCGAAGAAAAAUAGAAAUUACAAAAAGAAUUAAAUGAUAUUGGCAAAUCUUAAUAACACUGA